AUGGAUGUCAAGACCAUCAAGGCGUGUUUGUGUAUCGGAAAAUUGCUCGCACCGACACAAAAAAAUCACAAAUUCUACCCAAUUAUCGUAUUUUUUAUUUACACAAUUUAUGAGAUUUACAGUUUAAAUCAAAAACGGUUAACAUACAACGGUUUUACUAUCGUUCAAUUGGUUUUAAAAAUCGUAAUGGAUGUUGCACUUUAUUUCCACACUUUUCACAUUUUGGUAAUCCUGAUGAGUCUCAGACGCGAUAAGUGGACGAAACUUUUUGGAAUUUUGUCAAAAUUUGAUACUCAAGAAUUAAAUCCACCGUUUUAUUUCGUGGUUGCAAUCCAUAUUAUAUUUUUUGUCAACACAAGUUUAAAUAUCUGGACUUGGGUUAAUUUAAUCGGUUAUUAUUUUGUAAAGAGUUAUUUGAUCGAAUUUUUUGAAAUUUAUCUACUUUUUGUCUGCACUGUGUCGAGUAGUGUCAUUUUGAAAAUCCUGCUUCAAAAAUACAAACAUCAAAACCGACUUUUAACCGAUUUUUCUAAUUACAAAACCGUUAAAUUUAACUUAUUUCUCCUCAAUCGUGCCGUUAAAAUUUUCACCGAAAUUUUCGGAUGGACGAUUCUCGUGACAAUUUUCUUCUCUGUGGCGAGGACUUUGAUGUAUUUUGAUCUUUUUCAUAAAGAUUCGAUUUCGAAAAAUUUCAAUAUUAGGCAUAGUUGGCUUAAUUUUGUCACGACUGUGACCACCGGUUUGUUAUUUUGGAUUCUUCUCCUCUAUGUGAUUUUUUUGUGCGAUCUUGUGUCAAAAGAAUUUGAGCGAAUUUUAAACAUGGCGUACAAAAUUGAGACUUGGAGUGUUAUUUUCGAUAACAAUUUGAGAAAAAAACAAGAAAUUAUGAAAGAUUUACUGAAACAUCGGCCGAAUUUCAGCGCUGCGAGGUUUUUCACUAUUGAUAGAUCGACGAUUUUCAGCAUUUGUAACUCCUUGACUUCGUUUCUAAUCAUUAUAAUCCAAUUCAAGAUUAAUUAA